AUGGGGAACCACAAGAAGCUGCUCCAGUUCCUGCGGCCGGACCUGGCGGUAGCGGCGGCGCCGGCGAAGUCGUCAUCGACGACGUCGGACGACGACGACGACUCCUACUGCGGCUAUAACACGACGUGUUCCACGCCGGCGACUCCGACCACGAGCGCGAGCGCGAGCGCGAGCACGGCGGCGUCGCCGUACGCCGCGUCCCCGUGGACGCAGCUCCCGGGGCUGAGCCCCCGCAGCGGCCCGGACGACGCGACCAGGCAGCGGACCGGGCUCCUCGGCUCGCUCGUCAAGGAGGGCGGCGGGCACGUCUACUCGCUCGCCGCGGAGGGGGACCUGCUGUACACGGGCACGGACUCGCGGAACGUGCGGGUGUGGCGGGACCGCCGCGAGCUGGGCGGGUUCCGGUCCGGGAGCGGCCUCGUGAAGGCCAUCGUGGUGGCCGCCGACGGCCGCAUCUACACGGGGCACCAGGACGGGAAGGUGCGCGUGUGGCGGCGCGCAGAGGACCCCGCCGCCGGCGCCGCCGCGGUCGGGCAGCACCGGCGCGUGGGGUCGCUGCCCCGGUUCCGGGACGUGGUGCGGAGCUCCCUCCGCCCGUCGCAGUACGUGCAGACGCGGCGGCGACACAGCGGCCUCUGGAUGCGGCACUUCGACGCCGUGUCGUCGCUGAGCCUGGACGCCGCGGCGGGGCUCAUCUACUCCGCCUCCUGGGACCGCACCUUCAAGGUGUGGCGGGUGUCCGACUCCAAGUGCCUCGAGUCCGUGUACGCCCACACCGACGCCGUCAACGCCGUCGCCGCCGUGGGCUUCGACGCGCUCGUGCUCACGGGCUCCGCCGACGGCACGGUCAAGGUGUGGCGGCGCGGGACGAAGGCGGGGAGCAACAAGAAGAAGGGCCGCCGCGACCAGGCGGACACGUGGCACACCAUGGAGCGCGUGCUGCGGGAGGGCGACAGCGCGGUCACGGCCAUCGCGGUGGCCGUGGAGUCCCGCGUGGUGUACGUCGGCUCCUCCGACGGCGCCGUCGCGCACUGGCAGUGGCGGCGCGGCGCGGCCCCCGGCGCCGCGCCGAGGAACGGCGGCGCGCUGUGGGGGCACAAGAUGGCCGUGCUGUGCCUCGCGGUCGCCGGCCGUGUCGUCGUCAGCGGGUCCGCCGACCGGACCAUCAACGUGUGGCGCCGCGAGGAGGGCGCCGACCACGCCCGCCUCGCCGUGCUCACGGGACACACGGGCCCCGUCAAGUGCGUCGCCAUGGACACAGAGGAGGUGGACGGCGCCGGUGACGACGACGCCCCGCGUCGGUGGGUCGUGUACAGCGGCAGCCUCGAUGGGUCCGUCAAGGUGUGGCGCGUCUCCGACUCGGGCGGCUGCGGCGGCGGCAUCGCGCCCGACCUGACGACGACGACCCCUGCGCGCUACUGGAAAGGCUCCUCGCCUUCGCCGCUGCGAUCGUGGACAGAUGCCGCGCGCGUACCGCGUGCAGCCGAGAGUAGAAUAGCUUGCCUAGCCUAG